AUGCGCUGGCGAGGGGUAGAGAGAGAGCGAGUGCAAUCAGAAUGGCAGCUGGAAGUGACACCCCACGCUGGUCAUGCAGAGGACGCCCUGCGUAAGCGUUUUCUUCUUCUUCGUCUUCUAUUCUCAGACUCUGAAACGUGCAGUGCAUAUGCAGUUGACGAUACCAGUAGAGCAUGGCGGCGAUGGCGAUGGCGGUGGUGGUGGUGGUAG